AGCUUGGGCACUUGUUCGCGUCACUCGUGUUGUUUUCCGCGGCUCGACUCGAGCUACACCUGUGAUGGCAUCCCGACAGCGCUCAGGAACCAGAACCCUCAAGGUGGUGGUGGCCGUGGCGUUCGCAGUUAGGCUUGCCAAGUUGUUGCCCACAUCCCUAUGUUCAUUGAUACAGCCACUGCCACUGUUUCUUUUUGAGACACCGCGUCGUGGGAAGGUGAGGGUCUAUCACUACACCAACAAGGCAGGCUAUGAAGGCAUUCUUGAGAGUGGAUGCAUCCAGCCAUCAGACAUCAGGCAGGGUGACGCAUCCUACGGAAGCAGCGUCUACGCAACAGAGCUCGACCCAUCCGUCCCCUUUUACGCUAUUCUGCACAACAACUAUGACAUGGAUGGUGGCAUCCAAGGCCGAGGGGAAGCCAGGAUGGACAGAGCAGACUACGUGUUUGCUUUUGAUUUGGACAUUUCAUCAGUGGAAUUCAUAGACAAUGCCGGCAGAAGAUCGGUCUUGUGCAUUGGCGGUGGAGACAAGAUGAAAGUUGACGAUGCUCUCUACUUUGGGAAAGCAACAAUAGCAGCUGAUGUGUUGAAGAACAGAGGGAAAAAGGUGUUGGUCUAUCACUACACAAACAAGGAGGGCUAUGAGCGCAUCCUUGCGAAUGGAUACAUUUUGCCAGAGGACCUCACCACUUUGAAAACUUUGGCACAGGUGGCGCAUCCUUCAUCACCGAUUUACACCAUUCUUCACAACAUGUAUGGCGGUCUACAGGCACAGGUGAUGAGAGGUGUUCGUGGAACUUCGGCGCAUCCUUCAUCACCGAUUUACACCAUUCUUCACAACAUGUAUGGCGGUCAUUUCAACGGAAGAGGGAAGGACAUGUUGGACAGAGCAGACUACGUUUUUGCAUUCCUUCUUCCAGCGGACAAAGUGGACAUGUUGAAGAGGGUACCUUUCUCCCAGAAUACGGGAAAGGUCAUGAGCCUUGGUCAUGGAAAGAGGGUGGACAUCACUGAAGCUUUCUACCAUGGAGCUUCUGCAGAUGCGUUUCAUGAAACUGGCUUAAAUCACAGUGUCUUCGAAAGUGAAGAAGAGGUGCUGAUGUACCUCCAGAUCUAUGAUGCUGUAAAUAAGCAGGGUAAGUAAGCAAACUCAAAGUGAUUUUAUAGAGGCUACUUAGCUACUUACCCUUGGAGAUGGGACAAUUUGCUGGUAUUUUUUUUGAUGCCCUGGUCUCUGCUGAGAAAACUUGUACAUAUUCCAGCUUAAUCCAAAUUUGCCAGAUUGUGAAA